AUGGGAAUUGGCCAUGAAAUGAAUGGCCCGACGCUGACGAUGGCCCCGGCCGUUGUCGAACCAUCCAAUGGUUCUUACCUGCACCGAACACACACCUCCGAAGACCGCACGACCGAUGCGACAACGACACCAGCACCGACGAACCGGCAGCAAAGGCCGAGCGUGCAGCAGCAAGGCCGCGCUGCAUUCGAAUUGCCGUCGUUCGACACCAUUCCCGACUUCGACACGACACUCUCUUUCGACGUCAAGAGCCCCAAGGAAACCCCGACCACGGCACCGGUAACAGACGAGAAGCAGCCACAGCCACAAACGCAGUCGCAGUCCCAGCCGCAGCCGCAGCCGCAAUUGCAGCCGACCAAGGUACGAUCCGACCCGGUGAAGCUGUCAAAGGCCCCAAAGGACGAUGACAAGGAAAAUUCGAGAGAUGGGAAGCAAAAGGAAAAAGACGAGAAGCUCUUCAAGAGAGGAAGGAGGGCGUCAUUGAUGGAGCGGCGGAAGUCAUGGCUGCCAGCCUCGCGAUCACCUUCGAAAGUUAAAGAGCCGCCUCUGCCCGAAAGACCCAGCACACAUGCCGGAGACCACGUGGACUUCGCCGUCACCGCACCUACGCCUGCUGCUGCUUCUGCUCUGCCGUCCGCCCCGCCGGCACCGCUGACGCGACCACCAGAGCUCGAACGCCCCAGGACCAUCUCAGCGAGUUUCGCUACCUUUGCGAAGAAGUCAUGGAUGUCUACCUCGCGCUCCCCCUCUCCGAAGAGGAACCCAGAACCCGUCACACAAGCACAAAAACCCGCGACACGUCCUUCCCGCAGCAGGGCCCCGAGCAACGAAGAUUCCGUCAAAGGUGCCGCCGAGCCGCGCAAGAGGCCAGUCUCGCUCCUCGUCGACACGUCAGAGUCUCCCGCGUCACGGAGCACCGACUCGCUGAAGCCCACGUCGCGAACCCUGAACCGCGCGAGCACGUAUCUGACCAAGAUGAAGCAGCGCCCCACGAGCAUGCUCAUCAAACUGGGGUCGGGCAGCGAUUCCGAGGUUAAUCUCUCGGCACCUGCUGUCAACCUGGCGCCGCCCAGCGCCUUACCUGGGAAUGAUCAGCGCAACAGCACCAGCAGCAAUAACAACACUAAUAAUAACAAGAAUACUGAACCAAAAACCCUCUCGAAACCGGCCCCUUCGAAGGCGGCUUCUAAGCCAGCGUCCUUCACCGAGUCUCACACGACUGUGACGGAUGAGUCGUGGAGCGAAAUGUCGGCUAAUAAGGACACAAUCUGGUCGGCCUUCAGGUCACUCGACACCGACUAUGCAGGCUUCCCCAGCAAGACCAUGGCUCAGCGGAUGCAGGUGGUCCGAGCCACUCUGCUACCAUUUUUGAGGACCUAUAUGAACCACAUCUCCAACAAGGGACUCAACUUCGAGGAUGUCGAGCGGAGAGCGACGGUGCUGAACAAAUGGUGGGGCGGAUUGCUCGACAUGCUCGAGGGCCAGGGCGGCCAGUCUCUCCCGGGUGUCGAUCGGCCGGUCCUGCUUGAGGCUUUGACGAUGCUGAUGAUGCGAUCCGAAUGGCGACAAACAACAACAUAUUUCAUGCCCUUGGUCGACCGCUCACCGAACGAGCGCGUUCGACCACGGUCAGGAACUCAGUCUACGGCGGAUUCCUCGCUUGCAUCGAGCCAAGCCUUCCUCGCCGAGUCCGCCGAGCACAACGUCCGCACCAUGUUCGUGAGCAAUCUCAUGAAGCAAAUGCAGAUCGUGGUCGAUAAGAUGUCGCUGCGUCAUGCGCCCCUGAGUUUGGUCAAUUGGUGCGGUAAGGCCUGCGCCUACGGAUUCUUCUUCUGCCCGUCUGUCGCCGAGAUCCUGGUUCGCCUUUGGGACUUGCGGCCGGACCUCAUUCGAAGAGCGGCUGAUGAGUUCGGAUUGCCCAAGAAGAACGGCGGCGAAAGCGAGGACAUCAUGGCUCUCUUCCCGCCUAAUCUGGGUGUUCUGGGGUGGCAGUCGCAGAGGUACAUCAGCAUGCGCUUCAAGGAGAGGGUCAAGCUGUCCGUCAUGGCGGCGAGAAUUCCGUGGUUCAGCCCCUGGGUGACUAGGUGGCGCGGCGGCGAAACCGAUCUCUUCUUCAUUUUCUGCAAGUAUUUCCACAUCCUGUCGGAGGAGUUCAUGCCUGAGGGUCUGCCACUGCUUGAGAAGGCACGCUCGCCAGGAUUUGUCCUUGUUCAGGCACAGCUCCUGGCUUGUUUGGAAUCCACGAUCCACAGACAGGCCGAGGUUGACGCGAUGAUGAACCCGCUUACGGCAGGCGACUCAUUUUACGGUGCUGACGCUGCAGCGACCUCGAUGAACGUCCCCGCCAAUCUGCUGAAGAACAUGGCAGAGAACCGUCUCAUCGUGUUGCUGAAGGACGUCCUGGGCGAAUCACCAGCAAUCAUCAGCGCCGCGAGAAGGACCUUCGCCGAGGCUUUCCUGUCUGUUAUCCGCGCCGCGACCCGUAAGGUAUCGUGCUACGACCACAGCGCCGUUUUCACGCUCUGCGAUUUCUUGGAGGAGGCCCUGGUCGCCUACGAUCAGUUCGACGACAUCAGCAACCCGAACAUCGCCAAGAGCAUCGACUGGCCCUUCUGGCUUGAGGUCUGCAGGAAAAUGUUGGUUUCCGACAACGCCAUGACCGAGGUUCGCCUUCUGUCCUUCAUCUACUCGACAUGGGAGACGGUCACCGCGGAUCCCCAGAGAAAGAGGGUGCUUUGUCUGGACUGGCUGCUCUCGGAAGAGAUCUUUGACACUUACUUCAACCACUGGUGUCCUAUGGUGCGCGGCUACUACAUGCGCCUCCUGUGCUGGCGGAUCUGUCGGGACGCUGGCAGCGCCAACGAAGUCGACGCCGAAAUCUUCUUGGCAGCUGCAUCCCGACUCAAGACGGUUUGGGCUCACUUUCUCUGGCUGCGCAACACCGCCGACGCAACUGGGAAACUCCCUCCCUCCACAUCGCCAUGCCUGCCGACGCCAGGAAAGAAGUUUAUGAUCAUCCGCACGGAAGUCAAUCUCCCACAGCCGGGCUACUUCAACCAGCCCUUUGAUUCGUUCUCCAAGAUCUUGAACGGAGAAGGAUCCGUGGCAACGCCGCCGCCUGCUGAGACGACCGAAGUUGCCCCUCCAAAGGUUGACAACAGCAAGAAGCGUUGGUCCCUGUUUGGAAAAGUCUUGUCUCUUGGUGGUGCAGGUUCUAGCUCUGACAGCGAGGACAACGAGCCACGCAAGGAGUCGAAGUCAUCUCGCGCAAAGGCACGCCAGGGAGGCCCGCCCCUGCCGCCCAAGAUCUCAACCUCAGCUGCCUCUACCGUGACCACGUCCUCGGACGGCAGCUCUCCUGGAGGCUCACCCAUCUUCAUGGAGCAGAAAUUCGUCUUCAAGUUUACACUGACAUGGCAACCUCCCGCCGUCACUCAGCCUCGCGACCGCAUCCUCACCCGCCCGCGCCUUCCUGCCCCAGCACAAUCCUGGGUCAGCGCCCGCUCCCGUAGCGGCAGCAAUCCCCCGCCCGCCCCCGCUGGUCUCCCGGAGCCGACCCGUCGCGUCUCCGGUGCCAAGCACAAAGGUCUCGUCGACGAAGCCAGGAACGCCAGCCCGGUCUCUCCCACACUCGAGCGUAAGUCCUCAGUCACCGCCGUCUCCUCGACGUCUCUCGUCCGCCGCCUCAGCAACAAGUUCGACUUCGAGGAGAACCCCAAGGCAGAACUGAUGACGUUCGACUUCGAAGGCGCGGAGAAAUCCUCCGCAUCGUCCGUCUCGUCCGGAUCUUCCUCCACGGCGUCUUCUCCCGUGGACAGCAAGAUCGAGGAGGAGGAGCAGCAGCCACACCAGCCUUUGUCCCCUCCGCCUCAGCAGACGACGCAUCAGCCCCCAUCACGGAUGCAGAGCCGCAGGUCCGGCCCCGAGCCCCUGACCCAGCCUCUGCGUCCUGCGGGCAUGUACACCAAGCGCGCCAUUUACACCGGCCGCGCGCUGGCCGAAUGGAGCAUCGUCGUCGCCGAGUGCAACGGCUUCAUCGACCGGAGACGCGACGAAGGCGUCCUUGGCCUCAGCGACGUCGAGGUGCCGCUGCUGACCGUCGAGGGUUUCAGAAAGAUUGGUUAG